CCCCUUAAAAAGGACUGCUCUGUUUUGUUUCAAUGACGGUACAUCAAAAAAGCCAUGGGACGUGCGAAGAAAUUGAUCAUUGAUACAGAUCCCGGAAUAGAUGAUGCCAUGGCAAUAUUUUUGGCACUUAAAUCACCAGAAGUGGAUGUCAUUGGACUGACCACGAUAUUUGGGAAUGUUUAUACAACUUUAGCUACAAGAAAUGCUCUACAUUUGCUGGAGGUUGCAGAGAGGCAAGAGAUUCCAGUGGCAGAAGGAUCGCAUGUAACAUUGAAGAAAGUUACAAAGCUUCGGAUUGCUGAUUUCGUCCAUGGUGCUGAUGGGCUUGGCAACCACAAUUAUCCUCCACCUAAAGGGAAGCCAAUCGAUCAAUCUGCCGCAUCUUUUCUUGUAGAAAAGGCAAAUCAAUUUCCAGGAGAGGUCACUGUUGUCGCACUUGGCCCUCUUACCAAUAUUGCCUUGGCAAUCCAAUUGGAUCCUGAAUUUCCAAAGAAGAUUGGUCAGAUCGUUAUUCUUGGUGGUGCAUUUUCAGUCAAUGGGAAUGUCAAUCCUGCAGCCGAGGCCAAUAUUUUUGGUGACCCAGAAGCUGCUGAUGAAGUCUUUACAUGUGGAGCAGACAUCUUGGCUGUUGGGAUUAAUGUUACUCAUCAAGUUGUUAUGACAGUUGCAGAUCUUGAGGAACUUUCGAGAUCUGAGGGGAAGUGUGCAAAACAUGUAUGCCAUAUGGCAAAUCUCUACUUCUCAUAUCAUAAGGAGGCAUAUGGCAUGGAUGGCGUUUAUCUUCAUGAUCCUACUGCUAUGCUUGCUGCCAUUGACCCAACAUUGGUGACAUAUGCUGAGGGUGUAGUAAGAGUGCAGACAUCUGGCAUCAUGAGGGGCCUCACGAUAUUUGCCAACAUGAGGAAGAGGUUCAGUGAGAUCACAGAGUGGACCAACAAACCGACGGUGAAGGUGGCGGUUACUGUGAAUGCAGAAGAAACGGUGAAAUUGCUCAUGGCGAGGCUUUCCAAACCCUAACAAAAUUGGACAUGUGCUGGACUGUGAUGGGUGCUCAUCUUUGUAAGCGACACGUGGCGGCUCUUGAUUGGAUGCCAUGAAUCUUUCUUGUGCUGCUCAAAAUAAAGGUGUUUUUAUAUUUUCUUUCUUUUUAAGCAAAAAAAAAAAAACCAGUCCAAAAGGAGUGAGACUUUCUUCUUGAUAUGAAAAAGUGGGGUAUUUGAAUGGCAUUUAUGCAGUUGGGAGUUGAAUGGUAA